AAUUCUCUUCUCAAUACGGAUACAACGGCAAAAUUGAUUCUAUACGUGAGAACGAAUAUCCACAACUAAAAGGAUCCGUUUAUCUUGAUCAUUCUGGUGCGACUGCAUAUGCAAAAAGUGUCUUAGAUUCCUUCACUAAUGAUCUUACAAAUAACCUUUUCGGCAAUCCUCAUUCGUACAACCCUAGCUCCCAGCUUACUUCUCAACGAGUUGAACUAAUUCGGGCUCGUAUUCUGAGACACUUUAAUGCAAAUCCUGGCGAAUAUCAAGUUAUAUUCACUCAAAACGCUAGUUCUGCAAUUAAAUUGGUUGGCGAAGCUUUCCCUUGGACUUUUGGUCAAAGUUCAUUCAGAUAUUUGAGAGAAGCUCACAACAGCGUAAUAGGUUUAAGACGUUUUGCCGAAGAAAAUAAUUCUCCAGAUAUUCAAGCUAUAACUGAAGAUGAUCUAGAAACAACAUUUAAGAAUAUUCAAGAAGGUUCAAUUAACGAUAAUUUACAUCCUGAAAUCAAUCACGAAAUAAAUCAUGACACUGUGUAUAAUCUUUUCGCGUAUCCUGUACAAUGCAAUUUCUCUGGUCAAAGAUUCCCACUCAUUUGGACAAAAAUAAUUAAAAAAUCAGAUUCUGAUAAAUCAAAGGUAUUAGUCUUGCUUGACGCUGCUGCUUACGUAGCAACUUCGCCAUUAUCAUUGGCAGAUAAGGAUAUAUCUCCAGACUUCGUUGCUAUCAGCUUUUAUAAAAUUUUUGGGUUUCCCACAGGUUUGGGUGCUUUAUUAGUAAAAACUGAAUUGACUCCUGUAUUAAAAAAGCGAUACUUUGGCGGAGGCACAGAGAAUUUGAGCGAUCGUUAUGAAGAUGGAACUAUUAACUUUUUGGAGGUUAUUUCUCUAGAACACGCGUUCAAUUCGAUGGAACGAAUAUAUACGGGCUUUCAUUUUAUUAAGAAUCAUGUGACCGCUCUUAGUGCCUAUCUCUACAGACAAAUGAAUUCACUUCGUCAUUGGAAUGGUUCUCCUGUGUGUGUUAUCCAUGCUAAUAAUGACUUCUCAGAUAGUUCUAUUCAGGGUCCCGUCUUCAAUUUUAAUGUAAAGCGUGCUGAUGGUUCUUGGAUUGGGUACCUUGAAGUAGAAAAGUUGGCUAGCGUGAGCGGGAUUCAUAUUAGAACUGGUGGUUUUUGUAAUCCUGGUUGUUUAUCAAGAUGGGUAAACGUUAAAUCAGAUCAAGUUAUUGCCAAUUUUAAGACUGGAAAAGUAUGUGGUGAUGAUCAUGAUAUUUAUAACGGAAAGCCCACGGUUCCAAUUAAAUCAUGUCACGGAUUUACCAUACCACUUUCAUCGACCUGGCCAGUAACUAGUCAAGGACUAUUAUAUGACCGUGAAUGGAUGUUGGUAAAUUUAAGAACUGGAAAGGCAUUAAGUCAAAAAAU